UUGAAAAUCCGAGAUCUCAUUGAUAAACCUGAGCCUGAACCCAGUAUUGUACACCAGUGUAAAGCUUCUAAUUGUUUAAAAGUCAAUUUCAGGUACGAGAAGCUAUUGGAUGAGCAGAAGAUCAUCAAGCACCUACUAGAGAACCCGUACAACGAUUACGACUGGCGAGUUCGUCCACGUGGCCGUCUCGGUGUUUCCGACGACGAAGAUUACGAUAACGAACCAGUAGUGAUCACAGUCAACAUGUAUUUGAGGAGCAUUUCCAAAGUUGACGAUGUCAAUAUGGAGUACUCGUUGCACUUUACGUUUCGAGAAGAAUGGGUAGACGAACGGCUCUAUUUCAAUAGUCCCAGGUUGAAGCACAUCGUCCUAUCGCCUGGACAAAAGAUAUGGGUGCCUGACACAUUCUUUCAAAACGAGAAAGACGGCAAGAAGCACGACAUCGAUACACCAAACAUUCUCAUUCGAAUUCACAAUGGCACUGGAAAGAUACUGUACUCUUGUCGGCUAACCCUUACUCUCAGCUGUCCGAUGAGGCUGGCUGAUUAUCCGCUUGACGUGCAGACUUGUGUAGUAGACUUUGCUUCUUACGCUUAUACUACAAAAGAUAUUGAGUAUGGCUGGAAAGAAGACAAUCCGAUUCAAAUCAAAGAUGGCCUUCGUCAAUCGUUGCCUUCGUUUUUGCUCAGUAAUCGUGAAAAGAACUGGCUAAUUGUUUAA